CUGAGAUUCAAUCGUGCUAUAGCCAGCCAUGGCGGCAGAUCUACGCCCGGAGUGGAUCUCUUGUCUCCCUUCUUCAUGGAGUUAUGGGGUCACUCGGGAUGGACGAGUCUUCUUCAUCAACGAAGAAGCAAAGAGUACAACCUGGUUGCAUCCAGUCAGUGGAGAGGCAGUGAUAACUGGCCACAGGAAAACUCUAGAUUUACCGACUGGAUGGGAGGAGGGAUUUUCGUUCGAGGGGGCUCGGUGCUUCAUAAAGUGAGUCAGAAUUUCACAUCACAGCCUCCCUCUCUUUCACAUUCAGCAGGUCUUCAGUUGACGCUGCACUUGGAAUUAACAACGGACACGCAGUGUAUCACCCAUAACCACCCAAGUGUCCUCUUUAUUUUACGUUUAUGAAGUAAAGGUUGCCCCCACUCCACAGCAAGUCACACUGUCACUGUUUAACAAGGUGGUGAAACGUUGGGUCUGUGACCUUUCUCUGAACAGGCUUUAGCCCACUUGUUAGGGCUUUGUCUCUCCCUCAGUCAGUAUCCAACGUCAGCCGACCUCUCCCUCAGUCAGUAUCCACCGUCAGCCG